CGCUGCUGUUUUCUCGAAUAGUUUUUGCUGUUUAAGAGUUGUCCCAAAUAAAUGGCUACCCCAACUAACCGAUGGAUCAAUUAACCAGAAUCCACUGUACUUGCAAAGAGGGGGUGCGCAGUGAAACUCCACCGGUUCCUGAGAUGGGAGAUUUGUCAUAUGAGGGGGGAUUCAUCAGGCCAGGCCUCUCCUCCCUGGAGUUGAAAAAGAAUGAGAGGUGGCACACUGUAUUAUGGAUCAGCAAGCAGAUCUACUCGCAGUCCAACUCAUGAUCUUUCAAAAUUUUAUCUAUCUUCACCUUAAAUACUUCUAAUGAUACAGCUUGCCUAACACCAAAGGGUACAGAAUUCAGGAGAUUAUCAGAAUCAGAAUCAAAAUCGGGUUUAAUAUCACUGGCAUAGGUCAUGAAAUUUGUUAACCCUGCAGCAGCAGUACAAUGCAAUACGUGAUAAUACAGAGAAAAAAACUGAAUUAUCAUGAAGUAUAUAUAUAGUUACAUUAAAUAGUACAAAAAUAGAAAUAAAAUAUAGUGAGGUAGUGUUCAUGGGUUCAAUGUCCAUUCAGAAAUCGGAUGGCAGAGGGGAAUCAUUGAGUGUAUCUUGUUUUAAAUAACUGGUCCCUUAUUUAUGCCCCUUCGUCCAGACCCUCUCACUAAUGGAAACAUGUUAACAUCUACUCAGACAUGCCCCUCAUUCUUCUGAAUUCCAAAGGACACAGACCCAGACUUUACUGUUUGGACACCUGGCAUAGUGGAGAGGGACUCGGGAGUCGGCAGCGUCGCCCAGCUCCGGCUGUGCUGUGCCGUGCCGCCCCUUCGCAGCAGAUGCGCGUCGCCAGCUGCCGCUUCCAUUGAACGGCGCAGUUUAUCUGCCAUCGGGCCCGAGCCGGCGCCGACUUUCUCUCCGCGGCCUGGGAGAAGAGCGGGGCCGGCUCAUUCAUGCCCGCUCUGCUGGGCAGCGUCCUCCACCUACUGCAGCGUUCGUGCUCGGCGGGGCUCCGUGCGGCGGCCUCCUGGGCGCCGGGUGCAGCGAUGCAGACGGCCGUGGUCCGCUGCGUCCCGGGCGAGGCUAAAAUGACCAUCUCGUUCGAGCUGAACGGCGGGCACCGGCGGCUGGCGCGGGAGCAGAGCGAGUGCCUGCGGGCCGCGCUCGCUCGCAUCGCGCACAACGUGCUGAAGGCACAAAGCAAGCCCAGGAAAGGGCGGAAGGCGGCGGAGCAGGCCCAGGCCCCGGCCCCGACCCAGGUCCCAGAUGUAAGUCUGUACCUGGAUGAGCAGGCCGUGCCCGACGACACGAGGAACGCCGAGGCCUGGCAGGACGGUGCGGAGCUGCGUGUGGGGGAAGCGCGGUACCGGGUGCAGCGAAACCCGCCGACACUGACUCGCCUCGAGUUACCCGCUUCGAUCCUGGCCGGCUUCCCGGUCUGCCCGCAGGUUCAGAUCGAAUUCGGCGAGCCGGCUGAGUCGCGCUUCGAGUGGCUGAGGGAGGCUGCGGGGUCGGGGUCCGGCACCGGCAGCUGGGAGCCGGCGGCGAGCGGCAGGGUCUUCAUCCCCGACAACGGCCUCGUCGGCUCGAAGCUGAAGCUGCGCUGCCGCCCGGGCGACGGCAGCAGGUUCGGGCCGGCGGCCGAGCUGCAGAGCGCGGGCGCCGUGGAGGCCGGCCCGGGAGUCUGCACCUUCGACAGCCGCCACUCGUUCACUCGCGAAGCGGUGUCCGGAGCGCAGCUCCGGGUGGUUUCCUACAACAUCCUGGCGGAUGUGUACGCGAAGACCGAGCUGUCCAAGACCACCCUGUACCCCUACUGCGCGCCGUACGCUCUCCACGCCGACUACAGGCAGAACUUGAUCAAGAAGGAGCUCAGCGGCUACCACGCCGACAUCCUCUGCCUGCAGGAGGUGGACAAGCACGUCUUCUACGACAGCCUGUCGCCGGCCCUGGACGCUUUCGGUUUUCACGGAUUGUUUCGGAUCAAGGAGAAGCAGCACGAAGGUCUCGCCACCUUCUUCAGAGCCUCCAAGUACCGACUGCUAAGUCAACAUGAUGUGACUUUUAGUGAGGCUCUGGCUUCGGAUCCCUUGCACACCGAUCUUCUACAAAAGAUUUCUGCAAACCCCACCAUCAAGGAGAAGGUGCUGCAAAGAUCAACCGCCUUACAGUCUCUUGAAGAUUCAUCAAGGAAAGUGUGUAUUGCUAAUACUCAUCUUUACUGGCACCCAAAAGGAGGGCACAUUCGUCUUAUUCAGAUAGCAAUCGCGUUUCGUCAUCUGCAUCAAAUUACUUCAGAGAUGUAUCCUAAUGCACCAAUAAUCUUUUGUGGUGACUUUAAUAGCAUCCCGAAUUCAGGAUUGCAUGAAUUUGUUACCAAAGGAAGCAUUUCUGCAGAUCACCAAGACUGGUCUUCAAAUGGUGAAGAGGAACAAUGCCAGAUGUCUCUUACUCACUCCUUUGAACUUAGAAGUGCCUGUGGAGAACCUGCUUACACAAAUUAUGUAGGUGGCUUUCAAGGCUGUUUGGACUAUAUUUUUAUGGAUGGAAACACGUUUGAAGUUGCUCAGGUGAUUCCUUUUCCAACUCAUGAGGAAAUCACCUGCCAUUUGGCCCUGCCAAGUGUUUCACAUCCAUCAGAUCACAUUGCACUUGUCUGUGAUCUUCAGUGGAAAUGAACAGUGCCCUCUUGUCAGUUAGUUUACUAAUGGUAAAUAACACUGUGUGAAUUUACAAAGGGUAUACCUUGACAAAAUAAACAAGUGUAUAAGCAUCUUUGGAGAUGGUGAAUGAGUAUGAGAUUUUGUUUAACAAGACACUGCAGUAAAUGGAGAUCAGAAUAAUCCAAAAUAAUAAUGUAAAAAAUAGAAUCAAGCAUGAUAACCAGUUGUCUGGCAGGAUUUGUAAUGUCUGCAAAGGCUCAUGUUUUCUGGAAAAGGAAGUGUUAUAUGCAUUAAGUUAGGGACAGAAAGAGCUACAAAAAAUGCUGGAGGAAAUCAGCUGGUCAGGAAGCAUCUAUGGAAUGGAAUAAACAUGUGUGGUUUGCAAAGACCAUCUCAAUUUUUGGACAUUCACUAUUUAACAAGGUUUAUGUUCCCAGUUUGUGUUUAGAUAUUAGAAUAUCAAAGAAACAACAAUGGGUGGCUAUCAAUAAAAGUAACAUGGCUGACUUAUUCUAAGUAAAUGUGUUAUUUGAGCACAUGUAAAACAAAAAAGUUUUUUUUCCAAAUUUGUAAUGAUUGUUAAUCUUGUGAGAAAAGUACAUAUACUGAUUAUCACUGGAGAGAAUACAUUUGAUAUGUGAUAGCUGCAAAUCAUUUUGGGUGAGAUACAGAAAAUGAGCAAACACUUUGCCAGUUUAGUUGGGGACAAACAGAAUGACAGCUUUUUCAUCAACUGGUUUUGAUAGAAUAUUUUUCCAUUGCUUUUGUGUUGUACUUUCCUUAUAAUCAAUUUUUCCACCCAGGCUCCUGCCACCCUCAUAAACAGGGUGUAUUUCCUCUUCACUUAUCCAAAUGUUUGUCUAGCUCCCCUUUGAAUGCAUUUGUCCAAUUCACUUAAAUAACAAGUUGUAUAUUUUGAGUUCUAUUAUUUCUUAUUUACUAGUUGACAGUCUAUCAGUGCCAUUGCAACCACAUUAAGAAAUGGAAGUUCACCCAAGAAACAUG